AUGGAUCGCCGCGAUUCAACGGCCUCGCAAGACACUUUUGUCUCAUUACAGCAACUAGAUCCCUUCCCUGUCGAGUCGCCUUCAGAUAUCAACAAGCAACUCCCCGAUCUCCCCGCAUCCGCAUCUCCAUCCCCCCCAAGAUCCAACCCUCUUGGUUUAAGUGGGAGCCAUGGCACCGCAUACUACUUAACCCGCCUCCAAAAAUAUUCUUCCUAUGUCUUCACAAUAUACACCUCAUUCCACAUCGCGAAUACCUCGAUAAUACCCCUCAUAACUCGCUCCGUUUCGGCCUCUGAAACAUACCUCUUGUUAACACGCCCAUACUACCAAUCCUUCCCCUUCGAACAUCUCCUCGUUACACUCCCAGUCGCGACCCAUAUUCUGUCUGGGGUGGCGCUGCGAAUCCACCGCCGAAAUGCAAAUCUAGCCCGCUAUGGCGCCGCCAACAUCCCUAUAUCUGCACGCCUUGAACAAAGACUCAAGGUCUGGCCAUCUGUAUCAUGGGCUAGCGUUUCCGGUUACGUCCUUGCGCCCUUAGUGCUAAGCCACGCGUAUGUGAACCGCUUAUUACCUUGGGUAUAUGAAGGAGGGUCUUCGGGCGUUGGAUUAGGUUUCGUGAGCCAUGGGUUUGCGAGGCAUCCGUUUGUGGCCUGGUCGGGGUAUCUUGCAUUGAUCGGCAUAGCUGCUGGGCACUUUGUUUGGGGGGCGGCAAAGUGGAACAACUGGCUGCCAAUAGGGACGAGUAAGAAGGCUAGAAGGAGGUGGUGGACGAUUAACGGGGCCAGCGUAGCACUUGCAGCUUUAUGGAUGGCAGGUGGGCUUGGCAUCGUUGGAAGAGGCGGGAAGGCGGACGGGUGGAUAGGGAAGAAUUACGACGUGUUAUAUGAGAAGAUUCCGUUUUUGGCGUUAUAG